UGAAAUAGUGUUUUACCAUUCUGGACUUCAAGUCGCAAACUCCUCUGAAAAUGUGUGAUGAAAGUUAAACGCCUUUAGAACAGUUAAGUAUAUGGCCACGAGAGGAUGGCAUUGUAUGGAUCAUGAGGCAUAGGCCUACGCUAAAUAAAUAUUUAUAUAUUCGGAUCAGCCAAUCGGAGGGCGAACCAUUUCAUUAUUGAAGUAGACCUACACACCUGUUGCUGCUUGCAGCUGUGUUUGUUGAGAACAUUAAUUUGAAGACAAUUGAUCUGACGUGUAAGGCAUUUUGUUUGUAGCAGUGAAGACAAUGGGGUGUGGUGGUUUUGUCUGCAUCAAGAAUUCCCUCUGCGGUCUCAAUAUACUGUAUGUUUUGGUGAGUCUGCUACUGAUUGGAGUGGCAGCAUGGGGCAAAUGGUUUGGCCUAGUGUCUAGUAUUCAGGUGGUGGCAGGGGUAAUUGGCGUAAGUACCUUCCUGUUGCUGGUCGCCUUUGUAGGACUCUGCGGAGCCCUAAAGCACCAUCAGGUCCUGCUCUUCUUUUACAUGAUCAUUUUGUUCAUGGUGUUCAUCGUACAGUUCUCUGUGUCUGGGGCAUGCCUAGCUCUUAAUAAAGACCAGCAGUACCACCUACUGGAGGUGGGGUGGAACAAUUCUGUGUCCACUCAGAGAGAUGUAGAGAAGAACCUGGACUGCUGUGGCUUCUCCCACGUCCCUGUUAAUGACACAUGUGCUGCUGAUUGUGUCCGCAACCAAUCUUGCAAUCUUGCCUGUGGUGACAUUAUCCAGCAACAUGCUCAAGAAGUUUUACACUUUGUGGGUGGGAUAGGACUUUUUUUCAGUUUUACAGAGGUCUUGGGGUUAUGUCUAACCUACAGAUACAGGAAUCUGAAGGAUCCUCGAUCACACCCUGGGGCUUUUCUGUAACUUUAAAUGUCUUACUCCCAACCCAACAUUGCACUGUUAAGGCAUUCAUUCAUUCUAUUGAAAUGUUCUUGUCAUUGUAAAUGUAAUGUCUAUGUAAUAAUAAUGUCAGUGAUCAAGAUUAAUUAUAAAUUAGCCUUAUGCUGUGAUCUUAGUGUUUUCCUUGAAAAAGCAAACUGACAUUUUAAUUUGACUAACAUUGAGUGGUAUUGACACACCAACUUGGCACACCAUAUGCAAACAGAAAGACAGAAUCGUAUUUCCUGGUUAGUUGUAUAAUCCGUUUCCAAACCUUACACUGUCUGGGCACACACUAUACAGUGCUUUGUUUCAGACUAGAGUAUGUGGAAUAUUAAAUAUCCCAAUUAUGGAGAUUCUGCAAGUCUGUCAAAGGUGAGGCAGUGUUGGUGCCUACAAUGCACAGUAAUGGUGCAAUCAAGAGUUCCUUUCAGAAGUGUAGUAUGAUACAGUACAGUAAGUCAGUUGAUACACAAGCCAUGCCGAUGUUCCUGCAAUUCAAACCGGAUUCUGACCAGGAACUGUUCUUCCUCAGAAUAAUUCUGCCAAACUUGUUCUCCAAGCCCCUUUUUGCUAAAGAAUCAAUGAACCGUCAAAGAAUGUCCAUCAGAUAAUUUGUGCUAAUGCAAGAAUAAUGGAAUAUUUUUAAUAUAAUUUUUUUAGUCUUACAUUUUCUUGUUUAGAACUUAAAGAAACAUUGUAUUUAGAUAUGAACUUUAUUUUUAUUAUAAAGCUACCAGUUAUAAAGUUGAGAAUUUUACACAAGGGAUCGUUUUUCAACAUGUAUUAAAGAGUAUGUCUACUGUA